UAUGGUCACGCUCAAAAAUGAUCCGCCAAAUUUCCUGGUUUUUCAUAAGUUUCAGGAAGUUGGAACAUUAAUAUAAGAUAUGCUAUGGAUGAGUAGGUCAAAUCAGACUAAUUUGUAUUAUCUAAUUCUGUAGAAACUUGUAUGUGAUUGUCACUAAGAUUGAUUGUGUCACUGGAUGCAUUCCCUCCACUAAGGCGAAAUACUCGAUGUCAACAAAGAUUCUGAUGCUUGGGACAGAAGAUGAAAUGUUUGUGUUCCAUGUUUUGAGUGAGAACAUGUAUAAGAUUCGACAUGUUAGACAUUUCAGGCGGCCUUGGGACCAUUUCAGGGCUCUAACCACGGAUAUCGAGGAAAUAGUUCCCAAACAUGUCCUGACUUUGAUCCACGAUUGCCAGAGUUAUGCUGUCCAUUGGCCCCGGCCUUUUGCUCUGGGGGCCUUGGCCAGAAAUUGGGAUCCUCUAGGUUCCUCUUUGGACGACAUGGAAGAUCAUUUGUUGGCCUUGACUCCACCAGUUAAUGGGUCAUAUGUAUCUAGUCGAUCCUUACUUAACGGGUGGGUCAUGGCUCCGAAUUUAGACUCUAUCGAGCGAAUGGAAAAGGCUGUGAUAAAUAUUAACAACCAGAGAAGUGGUCCUCACCAACGGAUUGCAUACGUGUUUUUGAUCUUACGUUAUUGUUUGCUGUUGGAUAAAGUGUUCCAAGUGCCCAACAACACACAGCUAAUCCUAAUGAUUCAUCAGUGGUGUGAUGCUAGUCAAAACAUUGACUAUAGAAACUUUCAUUAUUUUCUUUGGCGAUACUUGCAUGCUUCGGACGAUCCUCCCCACGUUCUAGAUACUCAAAAGUAUGUCACCAAAGGUAUAAAGCGUGAAUUCGCCAAGGAAUGCUUGUUCUACGCUUGGCAAAGGACCAAACCUGUCAUCCCAUUAAAUCAUUGCUCAAAACUGUUCGAUUUUGAGCCCUUGGACGUCUUUUGUGAGAGGAUGGAUUCCAACUCCCAAAACAGUGACUUUUAUGCAUACCUUUCUCUCAUGAUCAAAUCGUUGUUUCAUUGGAGUGAGGGUCGAUAUUCUGAAUCCCUUUCAAAUUUAGCCACGGUCACGGAGGCCUUAUCGAGUACAAUUUUCAGUAAGAGCGAUCGAGUAGAAUUGACCCGAGCAUUAAUUGUGUCCUUAACGAAAAUAACUCGGGAUUCCAAGGAACAUGAUAUGGCAUUAGUUGAUGAAUUUUUGGACCUAGCGGCUGAAAAGAUUUACAAAACCACUGGCUGUCCACUAUUAAUCGCGUUGAUUUGGACAUUCACUUCCUGUCCACAGAAGAGUCGGGAUAUCAAAAACUCUUUUCUUGAAAUUAAAUCCAUGUCAUCGAUUCUCCAACAAAUUCGUCAAAUCACCGAAAGCCCCUACUUUAUGUACUCCCAGCGCAGUCUGGAUGGCUUGUCGAACCUGGCUUACAAAUUGGAUUCCAUUAACCCCGUCUCAGUGGGUGAAAAGAAUUUCGUUUUGGAUAACAAGCUGAUCGACCAACUAGCACCAAAUAAUAUCGCCCAUCAAAUUCACAACCAAACCAUCCCUAUGACUCCUGAACUUUUGAGAGAAGUGACUGAUAUUAAAGUCUUGGAGGCUUUGGCAAUGAAUAAAAUCGAAGCAGCAGUAAUGUUGACGGUGAAGGAAUAUCACCAACAGCGAGAAAUUUCAAGUGAAGUGUUAGAAAAAGUUUUGGAGCGGAUCAAUCCUAUUUCAAAUCAAGAUCUCUUCAAGCAACUGAAGGAGGCUGUACCGUUGAAGUCAGAGGCUGCGGUGCUCGUUUUUGCCACAGAAAUUGAAUUUCGACUCAAGAGCAAUUUUGAUGUGUGGAAGCACGGAAAGUACUUCGAAGCAAUCGAUUUGAACCUGAAGCUUUACAGAAUGCUCCUGGAUGAGGAAUAUCACCUGGAAAAAGAACCUUUGCAGCGUUUCUUGAAAGAUGUCAGGAAUUUCAUCCAAUAUUUUACGGAAAAAUCCACUCAAAUGCGGUUGGGCGAAAAUAUUUUGGAUUUUGUAGAAAACGAAUGUGUGAUCAUUGGACAGACUUACAACGAUUACUCCCUAGCAGUUGUUUUCUGGGAGGUGAUGUUCUUCGGUAAUUAUUUCCAAUACCAGAGAAGAGCCGACGAUUUAUUCAUGGAGCAUAAGGCCAUUCAGAACCAUUGGAAUAUCAAACGAGUCCUCAAUAAAGCCAAUAAACUUGAAGACGAAGAAAUUUUCAGACGAAUUCUCGAGACAUGUCUGAGACAUGAUGUUGAGGUUGAACAGAAGACCCAAGCCUUUGAAGGUCUGCUCAAACAUCAAUGUAAAAGAGGCUACAUGAAACGCACCUUGGCCACUUUGCAAAGUGCCAUGGACUUGGGAAUUCCAAUUGGAGACGACAUCAAGAAUAUCAUCAACAAGACCCACACCGAGUUCAAAGCGUCGGAAUCAAGAGGCGUCAUGGCCGCCUUUAAGGACCUUUGGAAGGGGGGAACGAGUUCGAAAUAAAGGAAAGCAUUCA